UUCGUCACAUGACAUCGGCGCUAAAAUCAAAACAAAACAAAAGUUGAAAAAAAUGGAGAAAACUAAAGCAGAGCUCUAUUUGGAAAAGGUGCAGAAAUGGAGAGAACAGAGAAUAAAAGAGAAGGAAGAAAGACAGAAAAUUAAACAGAAAAGUGUGUCUAAGAAAGAAACAACAUUGCCUGUUAUUGUUAAAGCAGGUCAAGUGAAAGCAAGUCAAGUGAAGCAGAGCCCGGUUAAAGCAACAAUUAAGCCAUGUGUAAAAACUGUUAAGCCAUGUGUAACAACCAUAGAGAGACCCAAACAGUCAUGCAAAAGUACAGAUACACAGAUAAAAACUGGAAUAUUUGGAACAAAGACAAAAGUGCCGAAAGUGGCUGCAAAAGUGGAGAAGAGAAGAAAAUCUGAAGAAACUAGGCAGCUGAUGGAAAAAUUGAAUAAAUGGCGAGAAGAAAAGAAAAGUGCAAAGAAAAUAAUCCAGAAAAAUACUACUGUUAAAGGGAAAGAAGUGCCAAUGUCUCAUGUACAAGCAGGAUGUAAGGUCGUGAGAUCAAGGUUAUUUGACUAUCAGUCUAAACCCAAACAACAGAGCAGCACAGAUAAAAGACAAGUUAACAAAGAAAACAAAUUUGUUUCAAAACCUACAACACACAAGACAGAAAUUUCCAAAACAGGGGUCAAAAGACGAUUCUCUGAAGUACAAAAAGUUAAUAAAGGACAACAAAAACCAGUGGGAAUUCUUAAAAGAAAGUCAUGCAUUGGAUCAUUUGAUCUUACAGACAAAAAUGAUGGUAGAUCUCCUGCCAAAAGAAGACGUACUUCAGUUUCUAAUACAGAUAAUAAUAAUACCAUAGACAAUAAUGAUGAUGUGUUUGUGGGAAAUGUGUCUCCAUCUCAAACUGAGAGUGACACCACAUGUAAACAGUUGCCCAUAUCUGUGGUAACCCCAGGGGUUUCUACACGUAAUGUGAGAUUUUCUACACCACAAAACAACCAUUCUCAUACUGAUGGAAAAGAGCUGAGGAAAACCCCCAAAACACCAGCAACAAGAAGUGAAGAGUUGAAGGACUGGCUGAAAGCAAAAGGGAAGACCCCAAGUAAGUUCCGACAUCUCAUGUGUUUCCAUGGUAAAAAACCAGAUGACGAGAAGUCAGAAGAUCCACACACUAAAAACAUGCUCACUGUACAAGAAUUGAGUGAACAGAUGGAUGUUCUGGAACAGGAGAGACUGCAGUUAGAAGCUGAAAAAAAGAUGAACUCUAUGCUUGAUGAAUGUAUGAUACUGUUUGAAGCUGGUUGCCCUAUGGAAGCUAUCGUACCAUGGCUGGAUGACAUAUACAAGCAAAUACCAUUUGCACAGAACUCAGCACGUUUUUAUACAUGCAAGGCGAAUGUGAUCAAAUCAAGUCUGGAUCUUGAUGCUGUACUGGAAAUCUUUGAGCAAGCCACCAUUAAUAAUGCACAGGUUUGAAUGAAUGCAUUUUUG